AUGGAGAUGGAAAAAGAAAGAAGCAGCAAGCAAGAGAUAGAGUUAAAGAAAGGUCCAUGGAAGCCAGAAGAAGACUUGCUUCUUACAAGAUAUGUAGAGACUCAUGGAGAGGGGAAGUGGGCAACUGUAUCCAAGAGAUCUGGUUUAAUGAGAGGAGGGAAGAGCUGUAGGCUGAGAUGGAAGAAUUAUCUGAGACCAAAUCUAAAGCAUGGAGAUAUGUCAGAGGAAGAAGAAGAUCUUAUCAUCAGAAUGCAUAACCUUCUUGGCAAUCGGUGGUCAUUGAUUGCAGGUCGGCUUCCUGGUCGAACCGACAACGAAGUAAAGAAUUAUUGGAACACAUAUCUCAUCAAGAAGUACCCACACUACUCCCAAUGCAUUCAUAAUAAUAAUAAGAGGGUGGUAAGCUCCAACAAGUCCAGUAGUAGUAACAAUAAGAGGAGGAAACUGAUGAUCUCUCCUCAUUCACCAUCAAAUCCUUCUUCAACAAUAAUCCAGACUCCCAAUUGUAGCAACUCCAAUGGAUGUGGUGGUGGAGGUGAUGGUUGUGAUAAGAAAGAAGUUGUCACAGAAAACAUCAACAUUAAUGGUAGUCACAGCAAUGGAGAUGGUGAUGGGGCGGCAGUAUACGAGAAUCCACCUUCGGUGAUGCCCAUGUUGGAGUCCUUUAGUUCCAUUUGGGUGGAAUCAUUUGAUGAUGAAAUUGGUUUAGAGAGGUGGUCUUGGUUGGAAUCUCCUUUUUACUUCCCUGAGGAUAUUAUUAUGUACCCAUCAGUAUAA